CAUCAGAAUUUAGUUUUGGGAAGCGUUGGGCAAGGUGGCUAAGUCUCCUCGUGGGCAGAAAGAGGCGGGCAGAGCUGUUAAGAACUGCCUCCUUAGCCAUCCUGCGGGCAUUGAGGAACUGUGGAUCCGGCCUUUGGCACGGGAUGUUACUCUACAGGCAUCUUGCUGCUUUGGGGCAGGGGGCAGGGAGAGGUCCCUGUGUGGUAGACUUCAGCUCACCCUCUCGUCCGUAGCCACAUGGCUCUUCUCUCACAUCUCGUGGGGAGGAAUUCCACAUUUUAACUCUGCCCACCCACAGGAGUACGCAUUCCGCCCAGUUCCUCGCCUCACUUGCUUUAUUUUCAGGGCAGGUGGCUGCACCCGGCCGGUGCUCCAGCCCCUUCUCAACCCACGGGCAGCUGGGCCCUCGCUUUGCUGGGGCCAUGCGUCAGUCCCGGGGAUGCGGUGUAACGCCGGGGCCAUGCAUCUUCUGCUGGUCGUCCUGGCUCCGCCAGGUUGCAGAGAGCAUUUCCUCUUGCGCAAUGACAGAAAAGGACGCCCGGGCUGCCUCCCCCACAGAGCUGGGAAAGGGAGCUGGUCCAGAUGGAAUGGAGCCCCGCCGGCAUGUUGCAAUGGGAGCCGAGCAGCCUGUUCUCCGGCCGGAGCGAGAAAUCCGGACAGGAAGUGAUUCAAUCCCAGGAACGCCCCUGGGCCUCGUCGUCCAGUUUCCCUCACGGCUGUGCGCUCGGAGUCACGGGGCCCACACUCCCCGUUUCGGGAUGCUGAAGAGGUUGGUUGGGUUUCCAGCUGAACCGGAUCUGUCCUUUCUGGGGGAGGCAGGAAAGACCCUGUGGGGCCGGAGCCCCACAAACGAGCCUGCAGAUGUCCACGUACAAGCGAGCCACCCUGGACGAAGAGGAGCUGGUGGACUCCCUGGAGGGAGAGAUCUACCCCAACGGGGUCCAGGUGAACUUCCGUGGGCCAGGAGGUAGCAAGGGCUGCUGGGCGCAGCGGACCCAGGUUGAGAAGCGUCUCCUGGCCCUGGUGGUGGUUCUCUUCCUCGGCCUCCUGGCCUGUCUAUCCGUCCUGCUCUUCCAGUACCAAACGCGGCCCUGUCUGACCGAAGCCUGCAUCUCGGUGUCCAGCUCCAUCCUGAGCUCGCUGGACCGGACUGUGGACCCCUGCAAAGACUUCUUCAGCUACGCCUGCGGUGGCUGGAUCAAAAGCAACCCCAUCCCAGAUGGCCACUCCCGCUGGGGGACCUUCAACAAGCUUUGGGAGCACAACCAGGCGGCCCUCAAGAUCCUCCUGGAGAACACCACGGCCCCGGCACUGAGUGAGGCCGAACGGAAAGUGCAGCGCUAUUACCGGUCCUGCAUGAACGAGAGCAGAAUCGAGGAGCUGCAGGCCAAGCCGCUGGUGGAUCAGGUCCAGAAGCUCGGAGGCUGGAACGUCAGUGACGCCUCGGACAGCUUCAACCAGACGCUGCUGGAGCUGGUCGCCCGCCACCACCUCACCCCCUUCUUCUCCAUCUACGUGAGCGCCGACUCAAAGAAUUCCAGUAGUAACAUCAUCCAGAUCGACCAGUCGGGGCUGGGUCUGCCAUCCAGGGAUUACUAUCUCAACAAAACCCAGAACGAGAAAGUGCUGGCCGCAUACUUGAACUUCAUGGUCCAGCUGGGCCUGCUGGUCGGCGGAGGGGAGGAGGCAGCCACUCGGCAGCAGAUGCAGGAAAUCCUGGACUUUGAGACCACCUUGGCCAACAUUACCACCCCCCAGGAGAAGCGCCGGGAUGAGGAAGUGAUCUACCACAAAAUAACUGCCGGGGAGCUCAAGGACCUGGCUCCGGCCAUUGAGUGGAUGGCGUUGCUCAAGGAGAUCUUCUACCCGGUGGAGAUCAACGAGUCAGAGCCGGUGGUGGUCUACGCCAAGGAGUACCUCGAGCGCAUCUCCCUUCUCAUCCUGAAUGCGGACAAGCGGGUGUUGCGUAACUACAUGAUUUGGCAUCUGGUAAGGAAAGGGGCGAGUUUCCUGGACCAGCGAUUCCAAGACGCAGAGGAGAAGUUCCUGGAAGUCAUGUAUGGGUCGAAGAAGACCUGUGUACCGCGUUGGAAGUACUGCAUCAGCGACACGGACAACAGCCUGGGCUUUGUCUUGGGCGCCAUGUUUGUGAGGGCCACAUUUGCCGAAGACAGCAAGGCGAUCGCUGAGAAGAUGAUCCUGGAGAUUAAAAUGGCCCUGGAGGAGAGCCUGGCCAGCCUUCGGUGGAUGGACGAGGAGACCCGGCGGUCGGCCAGGGAGAAGGCCGACGCCAUCUACGACAUGAUCGGCUACCCCAAGUUCAUCCUGGAUCCCAAAGAGCUGGACAGGGUGUUCCACGACUACGAGCCAGUGCCCGACCUGUACUACGAGAACGUCAUGCAGUUCUUCAACUUCUCUGCCCGAGUGGCUGCCGACCAGCUUCGCAAGCCUCCGAACCGCGACCAGUGGAGCAUGACUCCCCCGACCGUGAACGCUUAUUAUUCUCCCACGAAGAACGAGGUCAUCUUCCCGGCGGGAAUUCUGCAGGCUCCGUUCUAUACCCGGAAUUACCCCAAGGCCCUCAAUUUUGGCGGAAUUGGAGUCGUUGUGGGUCACGAACUGACGCACGCCUUUGACGAUCAAGGACGCGAGUACGACAAGGACGGCAACCUGCGGCCGUGGUGGAAGAACUCCUCGGUGGACGCCUUCAAGCAGCACACGGAGUGCCUGGUGGAGCAGUACGGCAACUACUCCAUCAACGGGGAGGCUGUGAACGGCAAACACACCCUGGGGGAGAACAUUGCCGACAACGGGGGGCUGAAGGCUGCCUACCGGGCCUAUCGGAACUGGGUGAAGAAAAACGGAGAGGAGCCACCUCUGCCCGCACUUGGCCUCACCAACGAGCAGCUCUUCUUCGUGGGCUUUGCCCAGGUCUGGUGUUCGGUCCGCACUCCGGAGAGCUCCCACGAAGGACUCAUCACCGACUCGCACAGCCCUUCCCGCUUCCGGGUCAUUGGGACCGUCUCCAAUUCCAGGGAUUUUUCCAAGCAUUUCCAGUGCAAGCCAGGUUCCCCUAUGAAUCCGCCGCAGAAAUGUGAAGUUUGGUGAGUUUUCCUCCCCACGGAAAGAGGGGACGCCAGAACAUGACCCAACCAGGACCACCCUGUUCUCCGCUUCCUCUGGCAUAAGAAGGAAAAGGAGGCCUCCUUUUCAGGGGUCCCUUAAACCCCCUCGCUCUUAGCUGGAAAGGGCCUCUGGAUGACCUCUUGGCCGAGGAGGUUUUUCCGCUGCAUCUCCCACGGACUGAAAGUGUUUGGGAGGCACGCGCCCGUUUUCCGUGUACUGAUUGAUACGCACAUCGUCCCUUUCUUUGGGGAGAGCCGAGCCCGGGCUCAAGGUCUUUUGCCACUUUUCCAAAGGGAGAACCUCUUUGUCGCUCAACCGAACGCCAGCCUCGCCACAGACACGCGGACACGCAGCGUUUUGUAAAAUAUGCUGGGGAAAUUAUUUUUGGAACCUUGCAGAACACUGGAAAUUUCAGGGGAAAAUGAAUGGAAUGCUGUAUCUUUCUGUCUCUCUCUCUCUCUCUCUCAGGAACAGAUGGGAAAAGGCGUUAUUUUUUGUAUGUGCAAGAUGGCCCCCUUGAUGGGGGAAUGGGGCUGGUAUCUCCUUGGGCUUGUGAGACGCCCUUCUGGCUUUGAGGCCGGGAUCUGCUGGAUCCCUGCAAGGUGCUCGGCGUCCGGCGUCCGGCGCGGGGUUGUCCUCAGAAG